UUGUCAUGUUUUGUGUUUGUCUGUGUGUGUGUGUCGCAGCUGUUCGACCGCGUGCGUGAAGAUAAUCCAGACUUUCAUCAGAAGAUCAUCCCCAUCAGCAGCGAGCUCACGCAGCCCGGCCUGGCCAUCAGUCCAGAGGAUGUACAAACACUCACUUCCUGUAUCAACAUCGUCUUCCACUGCGCCGCCACCAUCCGCUUCGACGAGCCCCUGAAGCAUGCGCUGCAGCUGAACGUCAUGGCCACGCAGCAGCUCCUCUCUCUGGCGCAGCAGAUGCAGCAGCUGCAGGCCUUCAUCCACAUCUCCACCGCCUACGCCAACUGCAACCGCAGACACAUCGACGAGGUCAUCUACCCUCUUCCAGUCGAGCCCAAGAAACUCAUCGACUCUCUGGAGUGGAUGGAUGACAGUAUGGUCCGUGACAUCACGCCGCAUCUGAUCGGUGACCGGCCGAACACUUACACCUACACCAAAGCGCUGGCCGAGUGUGUGGUGCAGCAGGAGAGCGGCAGACUCAACAUGGCCAUCAUACGGCCGUCCAUCGUGGGAGCCAGCUGGCAGGAGCCGUUCCCCGGUUGGAUAGACAACUUUAAUGGACCGAGUGGUGUUUUUAUUGCUGCUGGGAAGGGCAUCUUGCGCACCAUGAGAGCCAGUAAUGACGCGGUGGCCGAUCUGAUUCCUGUAGACGUGGUGAUAAACCUGACGCUGGCGGCCGGCUGGUACACCGCGGUGCACAGACCGAAAAGUGCACUCGUCUACAACUGCACAACCGGAGGCAUUAACCCUUUCCACUGGGGAGAGAUCGAGCAUCACGUGAUGUCCACGUUUAAGAGGAAUCCUCUGGAGCAGGCUUUCCGUCGGCCAAACGCCAACAUCACGUCCAGUUACCUGAUCUACCAGUACUGGAUCCUCGUCAGUCACAAGUUCCCCGCGCUCCUCUAUGACCUGUUCCUCCGACUGUCGGGACAGAAACCUCAAAUGAUGCGUAUCUUCAACCGUCUGCACAAAGCCAUCGGUCUGCUGGAGUACUUCAGCAGUCAGGACUGGGAGUGGAACUCAGACAACAUCAACAUGCUGAUGAACCAGCUGAGCGCCGAGGACAGGAGGACCUUCAACUUUGACGUCCGCCAGCUGAACUGGCCCGAGUACAUCGAGAACUACUGUAUCGGCACCAAGAAGUACGUUCUGAACGAGGACAUGUCGGACAUCCCGGCCGCCAGACAACACCUGAGGAAGCUGAGAAACAUCCGAUACACGUUCAACACGGUGCUGCUGGUCUUCAUCUGGCGCGUCUUCAUCGCUCGCUCUCAGAUGGCCAGGAACAUCUGGUACUUCGUCGUGAGCUUGUGUUACAAGUUCCUGUCCUACUUCAGGGCUUCCAGCACUCUGACCCAAUGACCGGAGCAACAGGAAGUGUGUGUCCCCGUCGUCCGAGCACUUCCUCCUCCAGAGGUGUCUUCAGCCAUCCUAGCUUUCCUCACCGGCCACUCGCUCCACCUGACUCCUCCAUCUGCUGAUUUUAAAGGUGUCCUCUUUUAUAACGACUGUCCUUAAUAACGAUUAUAUAUGCAACCACACUUUUUUUACUUUUAGUGUUUCUCCUUUACAUUCUCAUCACCAUCAAACAUCUGGAGAUGUUGCCUUUGUGUCUUCUGAUGAUUUGAGCCUUCUCUUCUACAGAAAGUGUUUAGGAGCAUCAGAUCUACCGCUCGAAGCUUUGCUGUUUGUGUCUUUUAACGGUUCGUUUGUGUCCUGUCUGUUUUAACACCACGUAAUCCAGCCGGCAAAAUCUCAGACCGUGUGGUACUAAAGCCUUCAAGAACAUAGUCUUACAUUUCCACUGCAUUUUUGGUUGGUGUUUUGUCUUUUUUUCUUAUUUUUUUUUUCAUUUGCUGCGUUCGGAGGGAAAGGCCAGUGAACUGCAACAGAUCUGAUGCAUUUAUAACAUCAGACAUUGUUUUUCCAUAAGAAUACAUC